UUUUGUGUCUUGUGUAUGGGCUUGCUGCAACUAUAUUCAACAACGAGUCGUUAAAUGUAGUGAAAUAGCAGGAUGUAUGCCAAGCAGCAGUCUCCUUUGUACAAUCAGUAUGGAAUAAUCAAUCGGGAAUAUAUUAUGAAUGGGUCCUUCCUGCGCAACGUCAUUUAGCUCUAAACAGUCGAAACAUUUAAAAAGCAGUACUUUGAAAAUGCCAUUGCACUAACUUAAAAUUCUUUCACAUUGUGAAACAUUUAACUUGAAUGUUGGAGGAUUUGUGAUUUUUUUUUUCGAACUUUGCGGCUCCCUCCAUAAAAUUAAACAUGGAAAAUAUAACUUUGUCAGCUGAGACUAAAUGUCUUAACAGUUGCCUUCAUUUGACCGGCUGUAUUACGGGCGAAAUGUGCAAAAAUUACAUAGAAAACGAAUACAUUUUCCCGAACUUUGUAGAAUGGAUCUAUAUCGGACUGUACAUUAUUCUUUUCUGUAGCGGAAUAGUAGGAAACACUUUGGUGUGUUAUGUCAUAUACACGUGCCAUCAUAUGCAGACCUUUGUGAACAUCUUCAUAUUCAACCUGGCCGUGGCGGACUUUCUGGUCAUCUUUGUGUGUCUUCCCCCCACCAUGAUGGCUGACGUCACAGAAACGUGGUACCUGGGGGAAACCAUGUGCAAAAUUGUCCCGUUUCUACAGACAACCUCCGUGACCGUCUCAGUGCUAACAUUGUCGGCCAUUUCAGUGGAGAGAUACUUCGCCAUUUGCAAACCUUGGACAAGAAGGUUAUCAAAGCGCUUCAUUGUGAGAGUGAUCGUCUGUAUCUGGCUAAUCGGAUUUAGUGUUUCCAUACCGGACCUGAUCUUCUACUCGGUCACGACCACAUUCCAUGAGAGCAUCACUUUCUAUUUGCGUUACUGCAGCCGACAGUGGACAUCCAACGACAACUUGAUUUAUAACCUUAUUAUUUUGAUAGUUCUCUAUUCCAUCCCAAUCUGCCUCAUGGCAUACACAUACGCAAUUAUUUCUAAACAACUUUGGCGGAAAGACCUACCAGGAAUCGUGGAAGCAGCAGAACAUCGUCCAAUGAACAAAAUGACGUCAUCGGGGCCAGAAAGCCAACUUCGAUCCCGACAGAGGGCAGCAAAAAUGCUUAUAGCUAUAGUGGUUGUGUUUGCUGUUUGUUAUCUUCCGGUCUAUGUACUGAAUCUAACAAGAAUCACGGCAUCCUUUCAAGAAAUCCCAGCGAACUGGAUCUCCAUCAUUGUGCUUACUUCACAUAUCCUGUGCUACGCCAACAGCGUGGUGAAUCCUUUCAUCUACAACUUUAUGAGCGCAAAGUUUCGCAAAGAGUUCCAAGCAGUCCUUCGAUUGUCCAGGUGCAGAUGUUCCAGCCGGAAAAUCCGGAUACCCUCGGUUUUGACGUCAUCCAAAAACAAGAGUUCCCUUCCCAGAACCGAAGGAUACGAGCUGAAUAUCGACAACUCCAAACAAAGCUGGAUCAAAUCGUCAACUAUAAGAAAGGAACAAAAUCCCCAGGAGAAAUACGGAUGAAAUAUGAUGAAUGUACAACCCAGAUAUUUUCUUUGGUCUAGGUUAAUUGGAUGAGGAGUCCAACGAUAAUAGUGAUGGAUGACUUAAUCCGAUUAUUAAGUCAAUUUUCAUUCUACACACGGACAGAAUAUGAUAUCAAUGGAUUUGUGACUCGUGACGUCCUCAAAAUGGAUUUGCUUUAAUUAACUGAUUUUUUCUUAGAAAGAUGAUAAAAUUUGUUGACAUGACAGUGCGGAUAAAAUGAUUUGUUUUUCUGUGUUAAUUUUUGUUUUUGUGUAAUUAUGUAUAGGUCACGCGGUGUAUUACAAAAAUGACUUUUUAUAUGUAAAAUUGAUGACAUAAAUAUUUAUGCUUACUAAAAAUGAGGAAUUCAAAAAAAAAGCAAUCCUAGAUACAAAUAUUCAUAAAAUGUAUGCUGUACAUAAUUUCCACUCCUGCUGAGUAUAAAUACAUGUACAAAAUACACUGGUAGGGUAAUUGAAUGAAGGCUGAAUUAGGAUACAUUCAUUGGAUUCAUGUAUUUCUCUUUAAAAUGGUUUGAUCAUAUUUAUUGCAUGGGCGUGUCGAAAGGGGUCGGGUGAUAAUUCGCAGUUUUAGCAAUUAUAACUGUUCAAACCUCAGAAGCAGUCCGCAUGCGCAAACUUAUAAAGGUCGAAUAUUUAUUACAUAUUCAGUUUAAAAGCAUUCAUUUAAAGUUGUGAAAAUGUAGGUUUUAUUUAUAGGAAGAAUAUGGCAGGACAACCGGCUUUUUUGUUUUUUAAUUUUUUAUCAAUUUUGUUAACUGUAUCAUAUCUGUUCUUGGCAGAAUCAUAUAAAAUACGAUAAAAACAACCCAGAUUUGUUUUUUGGUUUAGUUCUAUUUGAUGAGGGGUCCAGCGAUAAUAGUGAUUGAUAACUAAAUUGAAUUAUUAAGGUGGUAUGGGACACCUCCAUUAUAUGGCGUACUUCCUAUCGAAAUAAACAACAAAAUCG